AUGGAAUUGAAAGUGAUCAGAAGUACGUGUUUCGUACUAUUACUGCUAAUAAGUGUAACAAGUCAAACUGAGGCCAAAAAAAUAUUGUGUUUAUUGGGUGUUGGUACAGAAACAACAUUAAUAUGGGACAAAGUUUUAGUAAAUGAAUUGGCGGCUAAAGGUCAUGAUUUAACUGUUGUAACAACUUCAAUAUGGGAAUUGGAAUCGGAAACAAAUAUUGAUUUUAUUUAUUUAGAGAAAACACAACAAUUUCUUAGACAACGUUAUGCAAAUAGUAAUAGUAGCCACAAUGCUUUGGAUCAAAGUAAUUGGAAAUUUAUAGUGAAUUGGUAUGAUCAACAUAUGGCCACAUGUCGUGGAAAUUUGGAAUCUAGCGGUUUGUCAGAGGUUUUAAAAUUGGCAUUGCAAAGAAAACGUGUUUUUGAUUUGUUAAUUUAUGAUGUCACCUAUGGACCCAGUUGUUUGUUGCAUGUAGCUCAUCUCUUUGGUGUUACACCAAUUGUUGGCAUAACAAGUUCCACCUUAACAGCUGAUAUUUUAAAUAUUUAUCAGUAUUCUGGUUUAAAUGCUGCAUUAGAUCCUUACGUUUUAAGUGAUUUUGACAAGAACAUGAACUAUUGGAAACGUUUGUAUAAUACGGCUCUAUUUGGAUUGGAUUAUGUUUACCGCCAAUGGGUGGUAAGACCUGUAAUUGAAGGACUAUGGUCUCACAAUGUUAAAAAUAUUAAUAUUCCGAAAUCUUUAGAUGUAUUAAUGCCACGUUUUAAAGUUAUCUUAGCCAAUCAUCAUCCUGCUCUACACACUUUAACAGCACUACCGGGCAAUAUCAUUGCAGUACCCGGUCUUCAUAUUCAAAAUAAGAAUUCUAUUAAACUUUCUCCCGAUCUUUUAGAAUUUAUUGAAAUUUCAGUAUCCGACGUUAUUUUAAUCGAUUUGGAUUUAAAACAGUUGGCUGAAAGUAAUAUGCUGGCUAUAAUGGAAGUGAUUCGUAAAUUUCCCAAAUAUAAUUUUAUUUGGAAUACAGGGAAUAGUAAAAGAGUGUUAAGAAAUAAACCAAAUAAUGUAUUUAUGGCAAACAAUUUAAACAAUCUGGAAGUAAUGGAAAAAGCUGAAAUUAAGUUUGUUUUAACAGUUCCUGAAAUAUUACGUAUUCAAGAGUGUUUAUAUCAGGGCGUACCAAUGAUCGCGGUCACUUUAAAUCCCGAACAAAGAUAUCUGGCUAAAAGAAUAGAAGAACAGGGUUUUGGUCUUAAUUUAGAAUUGAAUAAUUUUAAAAAUCUAGCUGAAACUUUUGACAAGAUCUUGACUAACAAAAAUUUUCGGAAAAUGGCCCAGCAAUUACAAUUGACUUUUAGAAAUUAUCAAAAUCCUCCUUUAGAUACCGCUGUUUGGUGGGUGGAACAUUUAUUGCAAUAUCCUCAAGCCAACGAUCAUUUGAUCUUUACAAAUCAAAGCAAAGUGGGAUUCUUUGCUAGAAAUUCUUUUGAUAUUGUUUUUCUAUUCGAAAUCAUAAUUUUAAUUUGUAUUAUUAAUAUGAUUUUAGUUUGUAGACAAACUAUAGAGAAUUUUAAGCAAAUAUCCAAAACUAAGAGAAAAACAGAAGAAAAAAAGGAAAAACAAGUUAAGAGAAUGAAAAAGGAAGGCAAAGAGAAGAAAAAAGAGAAAGCCAAGACAUCAUAGUUAAAUUAUUUAUUUAAAUAAAAUAAAAUAUGUUUAAUAAAAUAAUACAAAAGUGAAAAUAAAAACUAUUCUGGACUAGUUACAUGUAUGGUUAUUUCGGGUUAGUUAUAGUACUAGUUAUAAAGAAUGGCUUGAUUUAAAGUUCUUAUUUUAGAAAAAAAACUCUCUGUUGCUAUAACUGUCGAUAAAUAGAAGAUUUUCGGCCGAGUAUGUCUCAAUCUGAUAAAGAGAAUCAAACAGAGUCUGUAUUAAGGUUGUUAUCGAAAUUGGAAGUGUUAGAUUGAUUGGCAAUGAGUGUAUUGUUAGUUUAAUUGAAUAUUCAAAGACAUUUAAAUCAUAAAGUCUAUGAAAGUUUAGUUCUCAUUUUAAAUACAAUUAACGGUCGGCAAAAACUGGUAGAGAAUGUAAUGAGCCUAGAGGUUACAUAUUUUAAUCAUUGGAACCGGGUUUAUAAUGAUUACAAAAAUAUGGUAUUUCUAAUCACUUAUUGAAAAAGUUUAAAUUGCAAGAACUUUGUGUUGUGGGUUCACAGUUACCACACAUAUGGUAAUUUUUAGACAUUUUAAUUUGUAUGUUCUUUUAAAAUUAAAAACCAAUAUCGUUGCACUGUGUAAUCAAUAUAAUUAUUACCAGCAUCUUUAAUGCGAAGCACUUACCGCAUCUGGCAAAAAUGUCAUAAAUGUCAAUCAAAUAAAAAACUACUUUCAAUUAUUUUAAAAGUUAUUUUUUUGUUCUUUAUUGCUCAUUUUUUUGUAAUUUUUUUCUUCAAAAUUCUUUAAAUUAAAUAGUUUACAAUUAUUAAUUUUAAAAUAAAUUUUAUUAUAAACCAACUACUAACAAGAAGUAAGCAAAAAAUCGAACCAUAUGUGGUCACUGACAAAUACUAUUUAAAGCCAAUUUAUUUUCAUUACUAAAUUUUGCAAUAUUUCAACUAUUUUUUUUUGCAGUAUUUGGAAUUCAUUUACAUUAUUUAGCAAAUCAUUUUUUAAAAGUAAAAAAUCUAUUACCAAAUUUGUUAGCAUGCAACCAGUUAACUAAUUUAGGGCGUACUUCUUUUUUAGUUAAUUGGAGGGGGAAGUUUUUUUCACUUAAAUAUUGUACAAUAAAAUUAUUAAAUAUUUUUGUUUAAAAUUUAAAUAUAUAUUACAUAGAUAAAUACAUAAAUACUUGUAAAGAAUUACGCACUCUUUUGAUUUAAAUGUUUGUUUUUUGUUAUGUGUUUAAACUAAU